ACCAUGGCUUAUGAUUCUCUGCACUGGACGAACACAACUAUAGGAACCACAAAGCUGCAGUUGGUAACGGGGCCCAAAUUCAACUUAACUGUUGCUGCAAUUGAGAGGAUGAUUUAUAUUGUUAUCUACAGCACUGUAUUCACAGCUGGACUAAUUGAGAAUAGCAUCUCUGUAUGGGUCUUCUGCAGUCGCAUGAAGACAAAGACUAUAACCAGCAUUUAUAUGUUAAAUCUUGCAAUUGCUGAUCUCUGCCUCAUUCUGACCUUGCCAUUACGUAUUACGUAUCAUAUACUUCAAAGUCACUGGCCCUUUGGGGAGACGGCCUGCAGAAUCACUGGCUUUCUUUUUCACCUCGACUUGUACAGCAGUGUCUAUUUUCUUACCUGCAUCAGUAUCGAUCGUUACCUUGCAAUAGUGCAUCCAGUUCGAUCACUCAGCUUUCGAAAAGUCCGUUAUGCAAAAAUAAUCAGUGCAACAGUGUGGGUUACUGCUAUACUUGGAACUUUUCAACUCGCAGUGACCACUCAGUCUGUACAGGCACAAGAGAACACUACUGUGUGUCUACAAUUAUACAGAGAAAAGCCAUCUCUCUAUGCCUCUGGAGCUCUGAUAGUUGGGUUUCUUUUUCCAUUUCUAGUCAUUAUCUGUUGCUACCUAUGCAUAAUCAAACAUCUUCAGUCAUACAGGAGACUCGACCAUAAGCACAAAGCCUCCAGAAUGAUUUUCACAGUAUUAACGGUCUUUCUGGUUUGUUUCUUACCAUAUCAUGUUGCCCGCUUACUGUACAUUAUUAUGGCGAACCAGCAAUUGGGGGCUACGCCCAAACUUGAGAGUCUUGCCAUCAUUAAUCGUGCUUUUUUUUGUUUAGCCAGCAUUAACUGUUGCUUAGAUCCAGUGGUUUACUUUUUUGUAGGGGAGAAUUUUAGGGAGUCUCUUUGCAGAGAGGAAGAGUGGAAGACUACAACUGAAUAUAUUAGCAGAGAAACUCGCCCCACUGUUAUCACCACUGCAAUAGAUGGUACAUAAAUACAGUAUUUGAUCAAAAAUUCAAAGACUAGCUUUAUUUUUUGAAAAGGCUGUCUUUUGUGGCCUCACCUAAAAUGAUACUGCUCUCCAUUUACAGCAGUAGUUUUGUGAAAGCAACUACUUAAAUAAAAACAAAUCGUUAAACAGUAUACCAACGUGCUAAAUUUAAAUCACCGCAAGC